UAUACAAACAUUGUUCCACUUGCUUCGUUCGUAAGAAAUAAUGAUCGGAAAACUAUGUUUCCUAUGCAGUUUUCUUUUUUUUGUAUCUUUGUCGGGUACAAUCGGAAGAAAAUAUGAGAGAUAAAAGGAUAUUACUGUCUGACCCUAGCUAUAUACAGCAAGAACUUCAUGACAUUCAGGCCAAACUACAGGAAUACGAGCAGAUGAAAUCAGAAUUCGUUGGGUUACAGACAAAGUCAUCUUCACAGGCGGCAGAAAUCAGCACUUUGAAAUCCCAGCUAGCGACAGGUAACAAGGGCGCUGUAUAUGUCCGGUGGGGGAGGAAAGACUGCCCAGCAGAUAACACAACAGAGCUCGUAUACUCAGGUUAUACGGGUGGUUCGUAUUAUGACAGUACCGGGGCGGCUUCCAAUUAUGUAUGCCUGCCCCCUGAUCCCUUAUGGGGACCACAUAAAAACUUACGAAGCUACCAACCUGCCUACAUGUAUGGAACUGAGUACGAGGAUCCAACUCUGUUCGGUGUGAACGACUACAGUGAAGAUGCACCUUGUGCAGUCUGCCGAACAUCCGAACACUCGACGUCUGUGAUGAUUCCUGCCCGAACCGAAUGCUAUGCCGGAUGGGAGAAAGCCUAUUAUGGGAGUCUUUCAGCAAAUGAUGCCAAUCAUAAGGCUGCAUCAGAGUACGUAUGUGUCGACGAACAUCCACAAGCAUUAACCGGUGGAAGCAGAAAUGACAACGGAAAGCUGUUUUAUCAGGUGCGAACCGUGUGUGGCCCUCUGCAAUGUCCGCCUUACGAACACGACAAGGUUCUAUCUUGUGUUGUGUGUCUAAAAUAAAGGUACCUGUGCCAGUGUACCUGAAUAACCGUCAAAAUGUGUAGUCUUACAUGAAAUAAAACGAACCCUGGUUCUCCCUUACUCCGACAGUCUUCUAAUAUACUUGAUAGGGGAAUAAAA